AUGGCGAAGGACAGAGACGGCGAGGCGUCGGGCGCCAACCAAUCAAAAAAGCCAACCUCAGGUGUCUUGGACAACGGAGACCAACCACCCCAACAACACCUUCCGCACCACCAUCACCGCAAAGCCCAAAAGCCUCACAUUGUUGGCGGCGGGCCCGGGAGUCGGCUACACGCAAGAGUUCCCUCUUCUAAGGCCCUGCACAAGCACCACGCGCUGGCUUCGACGACCAAACUGACCCGAGCAAUCUCUCCAGAGCGAGGAAACGGCGUCGCGCACCACCGGCGCAUUUCCUCACAAGACCGGUUACCGGCCAAUUCAAAAAAGAACUUGUCGCAUACAGCCCUUCGACGCAAUCGCUCACAGGUCGAGGUUACAAAACGUACCAAGUCCUCUACGAACUUGCAACGCUCUAAUUCCAAUUCGGCUGUCCAUAAGCUAAAAUCCAAGGUCCAAUUCAACCUUGGAGACGACGAAGACGACCAAGACGGCGAGGACGAGUGGGUGGACGCGAGCAGUUCUGCGUCCCCAUAUCUCUCAAGGCGUGGUUCGGCUGUUAAUACGGCUCAGACGAACAAUUUGACUGUUGGAAGCCAAGACCCAUUGCGACGCGACAGCGUCAACAGCGAGCAGACCACAUCGAACGAGAACCUCGCGCGCAGCUCAAGCAACCUCAACCAAUUACUGACAUCAAAAGUAUUAUCGCGAACCCCCUCUCAGGGUGCCCCUCCAGUCAUGUCGACAGCGACUGUUUCCGUCCAGCCGUCGGCACAGCAGCUCUCGUCGCAGGCUUCAAGCCCAGGUCAAGGCCCCUCAUACACAAGUACAACUGCUGCUGCUGCCCAAUGCCGUCCAGGCAGCAGUGGGAAGGCAGAGCUCACUUCAAGAUUUGUUGGAGGGAAUAACAGUCAGGAGCAGGGGGCUGGGUCUGGUGCGGCUGAAGAGGCCUUCAUGAUGGCUGCGAAUCGCGGCGGGCUGUCUCGAGCAGCGCUCAAUGGCAAGGUUGGCCUUGGUAUGCAGAGACGCCAGUCCAGCGGGGCUUUGUCGCAAGGCCGGGGAAUGGAUGCCCUCAAUGCCCGCCAGGGUGGCGCCUCGGACUCGGAAGACGAAGAAGCGGCGCUCCGCCCUAGGCGUGCAGCGGAGUUCAUUGUCCCUCGAGACAUGAAUCGCACUCAGAAGAAAUUGAAUUUGCAGCGCGCCAGCUCCAGCUUGGAGCCUACCCACCCCCAUCCUGGAGUCGGAGUCAGGCCUCCAGGAGUUGGUAUGGGCCCCGGUGCGUCUUCUGCUUUCGAGGGUCGAGAUCCUCGUGGUAGCAAGUUACUCGAGAGGACAGGAAUGGAGUACUUGACCGUUCGUCGCUAUCUCAACCCCGUUGCCCUUUCUCUCCAUCGAGUUAUGCAGUUGCCAGGUCUUGAAAACAGUCGAAGAAUCCCGCGUCCUGGCACAUCACACUCAGUUCGGGCCUCGGGCUCCGAUGUGGACAGCCUGCGCGACCCUAGCAUGGCAGACCUGAUGUCCGGGCAGUCAAGGACCACCUCUCGGCAGGCAACGCCCCGCAGCCGCGCCGAGUUCUCCCUUGGCGUUGACAGCGCAAGCUCAAGCUACGGUGCUGACAACGACAGGUUACAAGAGCAGGCAUCCAGGGCACCCAGCCAGCACCGGCUCAGCGGGUCGAGCCUUGUGGAUGGUGUGGAGGACGCUGGCACAAUCGCACUGCUUCGCAUGAUGUGGGAUAAGACAAUGGACCUGGGGGGCAGCAGCCAGGACUAG